AUGUCUAAACGGCAUAAUACAUCAUCAGUAGACAAUUGGGCCAAACGUCAACAGAUUGACGAUUUCCGAAAUGAUACAGAAUUUGUUAACAGCGUCGAGACCACAAGCCAAGCGCUAGCGUUGCUUGCAGAGCAGGCAGAUGAGCUGGUUGACUGUCUUCAGUCUUUAAAGCGACAGUUUUCGCAGAGCACAACCCUUACAGACUUCCAAAUUGGAAACACAAACUCAAAUUUAUCACGACUGACCAGGCGGCUACUUCCCUCUUUUCAGAUUAUUGGGUCUAUUGAUGAGCCUAUCGCCGAGACGGCUAGGCCUCUGGCGAAGAAGACAUCCACGGAUCCCGUCUUAGGAGCUGCCCAAGGCUCAUCAAAUAUACCAGUGCUGUCUCCUACUAGUGUGACACCGUGGAUCUCCUCGGAUAUAUCGCAAGAAUGGCCUCCUUUACCCCCAAUUCUUGACCCAAAGCUUGCCGAAGAAGCAUUUACGCAUCCAGGUCUAGGCAUGGACUUCAGCUACGAACGCCUAGAAUGGCUUGGUGACGCUUACCUUGAGCUGAUUGCGAGUUCUCUCAUCCAUCAGACAUUCCCAAAGCUGCGAUCUGGGCCUUUAUCUCAAUUCCGCGAGAGAUUGAUCCGAAAUGUCACUCUUGCCGAAUACUUCCGGUAUUAUGGCAUGGAGAGGCGAGCCAAGAUUCCAGAUCACUUUGAUUUAAGCAAGGGGCUCGGAAGGGGUAGAUCAAAAGAUAAGGAUAUACUGAAGACGCAAGCCGACAUGUUUGAAGCCUACGUCGCGGCUGUUAUUCUCUCAGAUCCUCAAGAGGGGCUUGUCAAAGUGGUGGAGUGGCUCAAAGCCCUCUGGGGCAGAGCGAUCAAAGAAGAUGUUGAAAAAGCAGAGGCUGCAAAGCGACGCCGGGAAGCUCAACCAGCGGGGGUGGAGGCAACAGAAAAGAAUUCCAAACAGCGGCUGAGUGUCAAAAUUGUGACCAAGGGUGUCACCAUUGACUACAAAGAUCUCCCCGGCGAGAAAAGGGACAAACAUUUGAAACUACCUCUUUAUACCGUCGGGGCCUAUCUAACCGGCUACGGCGAGGUAGGGAGACUACUGGCAGUCGGCACAGCCCUGAGCAAGAAAGAGGCUGGCCAGAAAGCUGCCGAAGCGGCAUUGCAGAACAAGCGACUGAUACAGGCAUACGAGGAAAAGAAGAGGCAAUAUAUACAGGCCAGAGACGACAAUACAUUUGUCGACAGCCUUUUUUGAAUGGCGAUUUAUGGCUACGGUUCUUGGGCAAAGAUGGAUGGGCAUUGGAGUGCUCCCAUAUGAUGUUGAGGGCCGGAAUUGGGAUCACAGCACAGGGGCUUGAUAGGCCUAAUUGUUUAAUUGUGGAGGAUAGGAACUUUACUUAAUAGAUGAGCAGCGUUUACAUACGCAGUUUGUACUGAUAAAACGAUAAAAAGCUGAGACACAGCAGUGAAUGGCUAUUGGCGAAAUAUCUCGCCAUGAUCGCCAGCUCGUAACCACCUGUCGCAUCAUGUGUUUUGGGAGCCUGAUCUCCCGAUACGUGCGACCUUGGCCUGUACCACUAAUGGGUGCGUAUUGCAAGCAGGAGAAGAUAUUUGCUAGUUACCCAGUUAGGCAUGGAAUCAUUGCUUACUUUCGCUCUCUGUUUGUCUUUUUUUGGGCAUAUUGAACACUAGCGCCAUUAAAGUGACUGGAAAAGCUUUUCUGCCACCACCGCAAGAUGUUUCUCAGACGCAACAGCAGGAAUGCGCAUGCAAUGCACUGUAUCCGUAGCUAAUCUGGGGUAAAACCGGGCGUCGAGAGCACUUCAGCUUCGAGGUACCCUUUACUAAGCAUACAGGCCAUCUUCACGUGUCGCCGCAGGUAUCGCAUACCCCCACCCGAUGACGCUCAGCUUGAGUGCCACACUUGGUCGUUCUCAGCAGCCGAGCCCCCUGGCCGGGAGCGUCGCAAGUCCCACGGCUUAGAGCGCGUGCGCGCCGAGGUUCAAUUGGGAGCCGGUCCACGACAAAAACCGAGCCGCCAAAACAGCUGCUAUUCCUAUGAUUGCAAUACAUAAUCGUAAUCUUGACAUCCGCUACUCCGACUAAUCGCCUCCGCCUUGCCUCUGCCGGCCCUCAACCUGCGUCAUCUUUCUCAAAGGAAGCGCCUGUCUCUGCGCUGGUCUGUGGUGUCGCAUUCAAUUCGUCUCGACUCCGUCCCUCGGUCCUUAUCGCCAAUCGAAUAGCCUCUCCAGAUCAGCGAAUCCAAAUACGCAAUCGGUGCCUGAGCCCUCCCAACGAGUGCCACCCAUUUACCACG